AGAUUUUGAUUAGUCAUGUCCAAUAGCAACCAACUCCAAUAGAGUAAAACUACAUGCUCAAAUAAAUCAAAGGUUGCUAAUUUGCAACCAGAUUAAUGAUAAAUCGGUCAUCAUUACAUGCAUACUAUUUCCUGUGGCAUGCAGUCCAACAUCUUUAGUCAUCUUAAGUAGCAUACUAACCAGUCUAGGUCCAUCAACAGAAGUGGAAACGGACCUUUAAAAUGCAGGAUGUAGAGAUGCCCGGACAGUGUUCAAUGUUUGCUGCUGUAGAAGUUAAUCUCAUUAUGACACUUCUAUAACCUCCUUUUAAAAGCGUACUCUAUAAUAACGAGCCCGGUCCAAUGUCUAGCGGGUAUCUUCAUUUUGAGGGAGGAGUCAGCUAUCCAUCCACUCUUGGUACAUCCUUUUCAAGACCUGCAGCACUUGCGCCAAAUAAUGUAUAUGUCAGUAAGCCUAUCCCCAGCAGUCACGGUGGAAGGACACGGUUAAGCCUUGCGCUGAGCAUCUCAAAAAGGGUUUAUUGCCUCUCAAAACGAAGACACCACACUCAAGUAUCAGAAGGACUGUGGCUAGAAGGAGCAGAGAGGAGAGAGAACAAUAGCAGAGAACCAUCUGAAAAGCUGGCAAAACUACUAUCCAUAGUGAGAUGAAAUUCUUCAAGAAUACUAAAGAUGAGGAGCCAACUGCUCCAGGGCAGGUGGCAAUCAAAAAGAGAUCCAGAGUCCCUGGGGUCAUGAUUACACAGUUUGUGGAGGAGCUUCCUGAGGGCAUGACCACCCCUGAUUUCACCCGCAAACCCAUCGCUUUGACUAUUCAGGAAGGGAAAUGUGCUUUUUUCAAAGCAAUUGUGUCUGGUAAUCCGACACCAAGUGUGCAUUGGACAAGAAAUAAUGGAGAAGUAACUGAACCAGGGAGAUACAAAAUGGUAUCUGAUCCAGCCACGCCUAAUGAGCACUAUAUAGAGAUGCCGGAGGUAUCUCCAGAACAAGCUGAUACCUACAAAUGCUUUGCCACUAAUGAGUAUGGAAAAGCUGUGGUCACCGCUAACCUCAAUGUAAUUGAAAUGGGAUAUAAGAAGAGCAAAGCUAUGAAAGAUGCACGAGCAGCUGCUGUGAAGCCACCUGAAGAUUUCAAAAAUCUCCUAACAAAAGCGGUUGUACAAUCAGACAAAGAUGACAAAAAAGAUGGAGAAAUCGAUCCAAGGUUUUGGGAUGUGUUGAUGAGUGCCGACAAGAAAGACUAUGAGAAAAUCUGUGCUGAGUUUGGAGUCACUAACUUCCGCUGGAUGCUGAAGACACUGAAUGCGAAGAAGGUUGAGAGGGAGGAGGAACAAGCAAAGUAUGUUGAAAACCUCAGCAAUCUGAAACACAUUGAAGUCAAACCUGGUGGAGGUGCAGAGUUUGAAUUUGAGAUGUCGCUUAAAGACCCCAACGUCAAGAUCUUCCUGUUCAAGGAUGGAGUAAUGGUUCCGUUCAGUGUCGAAACAGAAGAGAAGCAUUUUCUGAAGAAAACAGGAAGAAAAUUUACAUUUGGCAUUAAGGAUCUUGCUGGAGAUGAUGAAGGAUUGUACCAAGUGAUGGUGGAGGGGGUACUUAUCUUCUCAACUGACUUCAAAGUUCCCAUGGUGGAUUUCCUGGUCAAAAUUCAGGAAGUGAAGGCCACGGAGAGAGAGGAUGCCGUGUUUGAAUGUGUCCUGUCAUCCCCCAUGUCAAAGAUUCAAUGGACGGGGAAGAAUCAACCGUGUGAACAAGGGGAGAAGUUUGACAUUGAAGUGUCAGAGGACAUGCUCAUCCAUAGAUUGGUUGUGAAGGACUGUGCGAAACUGGAUGGUGGUAUCUACUCAGUAUGUGCAGGGAUCAAGUCUUGCAAUGCCUUUCUUGUUGUGGAGGCUGAUAACGAUCCAGCCACCAAGGGGAAAAAGAAAGUCCGCAAAACAACUCGAGCUGGUGGGGGAGAGGUAGACUUGGCUAAAAUAGCUGCAGAGCAGAAAGCUAAGCUGGACAAAGAGAGAGAUGAGAGAAUGGAAUUGGCAAAACAGAUUAAGGCAGACAUGGAUGCUAAGGCAGCAGCAGAGCCCGAACCAGAGCCGGAGAACAAGGACAAAAAGGAAGAGCCUGAGCCUGUGGAAGAGAAGAAGGAAGAGCUUGGAGACGAAGAGAUACCAGUUGAAAAGAAGAAGAAAGAGCCUGGAGACGAAGAGAUACCAGUUGAGGAGAAGAACAAAGAGCCUGGAGACGAAGAGAUACCAGUUGAAGAGAAGAAGAAAAGAGUGAGAACCGGUCCACUGAUCCCAGACACCAUCAUAGACCCAGGAGUGCACUUUACCAGUGGAUUGUCAGACAUCAGUGUUAAUAUGGGCAACAGAGGUGAACUGGAGUGUAAACUGAGCAGUGAAAGCUGUGAAGGAAUCUGGUACAAAGAUGGAAAAGAGAUAGAAACAUCAGAUGAUAUUGAGAUGACACAUGAUGGGGCCUUUCACAGGCUUAUACUGAAGAACUGCAAGGAGGAAGAUUCUGGAAAAUACCGAUUUGAAGCUGACGGACGUAAAACAGAGUCCAUGCUCAUUGUAGAGGAUCCACCCAGAGUAAACGCAGAUGACCUGGCUGCCUUCUCAAAGCCCGUCAUAAUAAAGGUUGGCCAGAACGCCACCUUCAAGCUGUCUUUUAUGGGUCGUGACCCAAUGAAGAUCUAUUGGUACAACGAAGGUGAGGAGUUGGUGGAGGACAAACACAUCAACAUUGAGAAGUCGCUCACACACAGUCGCCUCCUCCUCAGCAAGUGCCAGCGGAAAGCCACAGGAGAAAUCAAGAUCAAGAUCAAAAAUGAAUGUGGAACCAUUGAGGGCAUAUCCAGGUUGAUUGUGCUGGACAGACCAAGCCCUGCCCUAGGACCCGUGGAGAUCAUUGAAGCUUCUUCGGCUGUACUUGACUUUAAAUGGAGGCCUCCCAAAGACAAUGGUGGCUCUCCUGUGAUCAACUACAUCAUGGAACGACAACAGCUGGGCCGUAACUCCUGGAUGAAGCUGGGUCAGAUCCCUGGAGAGCCCAAAUACAGGGACACCAAUGUAGACCAUGGAAGGAAGUAUUGCUACCAUAUCAGGGCUGUGACUGAGCAGGGCAUAAGUGAAAUGAUGGAGACAGAUGACAUCCAGGCCGGUACAAGAGCAUAUCCAGGACAACCUUCCUCACCCAAAGUGAUCAGUGCCUUUGCAAACUGUAUCAAUCUGGAAUGGGUUCCCCCUUCCAACACUGGAGGAACUAAUAUUCUAGGUUACCACCUGGAGAAACGCAAGAAGGGCAGCAAUCUAUGGGGUUCAAUGAACAAUGUGAAAGAGCCAAUCAAAGGUCAAGGGAUUGCAGUCAAAGACGUUAUUGAGGGACUAGAGUACGAGUUCCGUGUUGCAGCUAUCAACAUAUCUGGUGCUGGAGAGCCAAGUACCCCCUCUGAAUUUGUUAUUGCAAGAGACCCAAAGAAGCCCCCCGGUCAAGUCAUUGACCUGAAGGUGACAGACUCCACCUACACCACCUUGUCCCUGGGUUGGAAUAAACCCAUAGAGGAGGAAGGGGUCCAAGAUGAAGCAAAGGGAUACUUUGUGGAAAUCAGACCAGCAGCAAACCCAGAGUGGGACCGCUGUAACAAUAACCCCAUCAUCAUGACCUCCUAUAACAUUUUGGGUCUUAAGUCAAUGGCCAUGUACUGGGUGAGAGUGAUUGCCACCAAUGAUGGGGGAGAAGGGGAGCCAAAAGGCUUGGACAACUACAUCAUUGCAAUGCCCCCCCCAGUGAGACCACAUUUCACUGAUCGCAAAAUGAUGAGCUUCAUGGUUGUGAGAGCCGGGAAUUCUGCUCGAAUCAACAUCAACUUUGAGGCUUCUCCUAUGCCAAACAUAACGUGGCUAAAGGAUGGGAUGCCAGUAUCAAAACGUGUAACCAUUAGCAACUCUGAUAAUACAUCCCAGCUCCUAAUCCCCACAUCUGAGCGUCCCGACACAGGAAUCUACACCAUCAUCGUCAAGAACAUGGUUGGUCAGGAGACCUUCAGUAUCGAGAUCAGAGUCACAGAUGAUCCCAAGCCUCCCGGCCCAGCGGAGUUGGAACAGAAUGUUCCUGGAACAGUGACUGUGACCUGGACUCCCUCCCCAGAUGAGAAGAGGGACGACAGGCUGCACUACAUAGUGUCCAGACGCGACUCCGUCAAGCGAAUGUGGCAAACUGUAGCCGACCACCUCUUCAACAACAAGUUCACAGCCCUCAACAUCAUGGCUGGACGAGAGUACUACUUCCGUGUCUACGCCAAAAAUGACAUGGGUCUCUCUGAGCCUUCUGAGUCGCCAACCUGGGGAGUGAACAAGAAAAAAGAUAAGUUCUCAAUGGCUUUCAGCUCAUUCAAGAGCCUCAACUUUGAGUCAGCACCAUCGUUCUUAGUUCCACUGAAAACGCACAGCACCCCUGAGAGCUACGAGUGCUACAUGAGCUGUGCUGUCAGAGGGGACCCAACACCUCAUGUCACAUGGUACCGCAACAACAUCAGCCUCAACACCAACACCAACUAUCUUAUCACCAACACCUGUGGGGUCUGCUCCAUGCUUAUACUGAGGGUUGGACCCAAGGACACUGGAGAGUACAAAGUCAUCGCAGACAAUGCCUUGGGCAGGGCAGAGUGCUCCACCAAACUCACAGUCAACGAGUGAAGUGGUUCCACAGUCCUCCAGUUCUGCUUCGCAAAGACUGUCAGAUUGCCCAGAGCAACCAGAAACACUGCAGAGAGCUGAAAUGGAUGCGUGUUGAUUAUAUCCUCAGAGAGUAGACAUGUUCUUUAGUCUUCUGGAAAAAGAAGAAUAUCAAUAGUGGUUUGAGAUACAGUAGUGUGUGUUGAAAGAGAUUAUGUAAUGACUUAUUCAUACUGUCAAUAGGCCUGCAAUGAGUUUCCCCAACUUUUCUUUGACAGAAACUUGACAAUCCAAUCCUAGAUGUGUUCUCUUGUUGACUCUCAAGACUCUCAAGACAGAGGCAACAGAAGAGAUUCCCAUAAUUUAAGACGCAUGCAAUUUGAAAUCAAUAUUCCAUAGGCCACUCACAUGGUGUCCAUUGCCUAGGCUGUCCACUGUGACCCCCCCCC